ACAUGUGCUAUGUUUAGUGACCAAAUCUCUCUUAAUAGAAUAUCAUCCUAGGUGGGACGGACACUUCAGCAACCACGAUCAAGUGGGCAAUGGAUGAGUUUUUGCACAAUCCAGAAGUGAUGGAAAGGGCAUAUAAGGAACUAAAUGAAGUCGUAGGACUGAACAAUGUAGUGGAAGAGUUUCACAUCCCAAAAUUAGUCUAUUUGGACGCUAUCAUAAAAGAAACGCUACGCGUACACCCAAUAGGACCCUUAUUACUAAGAAUUUCCAGCCAAUCCUGCACUGUGGGAGGAUAUUCUAUUCCUAAGGAUUCGACAGUAAUUGUAAACAUCUGGUCUACUCAAAGGGACCCUCUUGCUUGGGAUAACCCGUCAGAAUUCAUGCCAGAGAGGUUUUUAGGCAACUCUGAAAAAUGGAAUUUUAGUGGGAAUAAUUUUACUUAUAUUCCGUUCGGUUCAGGAAGAAGGAUUUGUGCUGUAAUACCACUAGCAGAUAGAAUGUUGAGGUAUGUGUUGGCUUCACUUCUGCAUUCAUUUGAUUGGAAACUGCCAAAGGGUGAAAUAGUGGACAGACAGGAUAUAUUUGGGAUUGUGACAAAGAGAAGGACUCCGUUGGUUGCUAUUCCUAGUCCUAGGUUGUCUGAUAAGAAUCUGUAUGUGUAAUUUCACAUUCUAAUUAUGUCGGUCUAGUAAUUAGCAUAUGCAUAAUAUUUAUUACCCAGCACAAGUUGAACAUGUUAUAAAUAAAUAUGAUGCUUCUUUGGUUCCAUAUGGUAAGUUUGCAUUUGUAUCUUUGUUUUGCCCAGAAAUUUGUCGGGAUAAUACUUUUGAUCCCUAAAUAAUACCAUUUAUUCGAUUUCAGCUUUAAGGAAAAGAAUAGGAUAAGUUAUCAAAUAGA